AUGAAAGCUGCUCUUGCUAUCGUUUUCUUUGCCUGUAUCGCCGGCUCAAUGGCGAAUCCACUCGCUGAAACUAUUCAACAACUCCUUGGACAAAGCCAAGGUGUUAUUCAAGCUAUCGUCGGUAACCUCCAAGGAUCACUCAUGAAUUUAGUUCAACAAGCUCUCGGUAACGUUCAAACACUCAUUGGUACACUCGGUGGUCGAUUCGACUUCAGCUUUAUCACCGACAACCUUCAAAACAUCAUCGGUGCUGCAACCAGUCUUCUUAGUGGAAACCUCCUUGGCUUAGCCACAUCAGUCAUCGGUAUGAUUGGUCGUGCUGAAUUUAACAUUGGUCAAAUCUUCCAACAAUUCAUUGACUCCGUUAAACCAGCCAUCGUUGGAUUAGGUCAACAUGCAUUGAACCAAGGUUUAUCCGCUGUUCUCGGUGCUCUUGGAAGCCUUGCCCCAACAUCACGUGCUAUUGGUGAUAUCUUCGGAAGCCUCUCCGNCUUCUUUGGCGAAAAAUUCAAGCAUACGGGAAAAAAAUGA